GUGUUUUUUUUUUAAUGGAAGUUCCUGCAAUCUCAACAUAGACAAGAUGUCCUUGGAGAAGCUGCUGUGAACACCGCUGAUAGUGUUUUGAUUAAAGAUAAAGCUCUUAAGUGUGAGGCUUGUAAACUAGAGCAAUAUGUAAAACAUGACUGAAGAGUUUUGAAAACCAUUGUAAAUUUCAAAUGUGGUAUGUGUGCCACUUUAAAAAACCAGUCCUUGGUGGAUCUGAAUAUGAAUGCUUGACGUCAAGUCACUCAAAAAAUCCAAUGGGUUACUUUUUAAAGAGGCUAGAAAUGCAGCCUUUAACAACUGCUGUCCUUGAGAUUUGUGUGAAAUGUGUGUACAAGUCUUGGAAUACUGUAUAUGCUGCACUCAUUCUGGGCAACACUUGGUCUGUGGGCUUUCUGCAUUGAAAUGUUAUACAGAAUCUUCUUUUUUAUAUUAAAGUUUUGCAGAUUUAUUCUAUGGAUAUUUUUACUGAAAUUUCAUAUAAAUUUGUAUUUAUGAUCCUAUUGCAGUUUUCAGUUUUUUUCACUGUAUAGAUGGCUUACUUGAUUAACAACUUAUUUUUAGUCAGCAGAUCAGUAUAAAUAAAAGCUUGUAGCUUGCUUAUGAAGACUCCUCAAACUCUUGAGAAAACAGACCUUUCCAUUAACAGUUUGGAAAAGCACCUGGAUUGAUCUUUUCAUGGUAGUAACUGUGAGCUGAGCAGUGAACUUGUGUAAGUACGAAACUUAGCUGGGUAAAUGGAGGUUGCUGAGCAAAACAGUGUAGCUUUGAACAAUUGGUGAAUGUCACCUCUGUGUCAUGUUUGUUUUGCCCCUCUUGAGUAAUCCAGUCUUCUAACCAUCAAACAAUGUGCUGGUUCUCUCUAGAACGUGGAGGAUGUCUCCCUGCUAACGUGGUGAAGAAGCUCACAAGUCUAAAUGUUUCCUCUUUUCAGAGCUCACAGGGAGCAGCCAUUGCUGAAGAAAUAGGCCUCGAGGCCAGGCAUGCUGGAGGCAGAAGUGGUGUUUUGUGAGCCAGGAACCAUCGUGUCAGUAUAUGUGGACAGUGUGAACAACUACAGGAUCCAGUAUGAACUCAAGUUCAUUCUCAAAACAUUGAGUUUCCUGAACUGCCUUUCAGCAUGGAGUGGAAUUGCUGCACAGUAUAUUCUGCAUUUGCUUUGACCACGUGAAAUGAAACAUGGUGUUGAAGUCCAGAGUGACACAAGAAGUUGGUGUAUAUUUUUGUGCAUAGAUAAGAAAGUCAAAUCUCGAUGAGAUCUCAUAUUAAUGAUUUACAGACAGAAAUACAGAGUUUAAAAGAGAGGUAAGUAGGAAUAAACUUAUCCUGUGAGACCUGCAGACAUGUCUGGAAAGCCAGUUUGUGUUGCUGAUUUUGAACAUUAUGCUAAAACAUUUCUCCCCAAAUCAGUGUAUGAUUAUUACCGAUCUGGAGCAGAUGACCAAGAAACAUUAGCAGAUAAUGUAGCAGCAUUUUCAAGAUGGAAGCUGUACCCCCGGGUGCUCAGGGACGUGUCUGUAAUGGACCUUUCAACUUCAGUCUUGGGGCAGAAAAUCAGCAUGCCGGUCUGUGUUGCGGCAACUGCUAUGCAGCGCAUGGCUCACCCUGAUGGAGAGACGGCAACCGCUAAAGCAUGCCAGGCAAUGGGGACAGGAAUGAUGCUGAGCUCCUGGGCCACCUCCUCCAUUGAAGAAGUUGCUGAAGCAGCUCCUGGAGGCCUCCGCUGGCUGCAGCUUUAUGUGUACAAGGACCGAGAGGUUACCAAAUCACUAGUGAAGCGUGCAGAGAGAGCAGGUUACAAAGGAAUCUUUGUGACUGUGGACACACCGUUCCUCGGAAGGCGUAUUGAUGAUGUGCGCAACAAGUUCCAGCUUCCCCCCCACCUCAGGUUAAAAAAUUUUUCAAGCAACAACUUGGCCUUCUCCUCAGGGCAAGACUUCGGGGAAAACAGUGGACUGGCUGUCUAUGUGGCCAACGCAAUUGAUGCAAGUAUCAGUUGGAAGGACAUCAAAUGGCUUCGUGGGCUGACAUCACUGCCCAUUGUUGCAAAAGGAAUCUUAAGAGCUGAUGAUGCCAAAGAAGCUGUAAAGCUUGGGGUAGAUGGUAUACUGGUGUCAAAUCAUGGAGCACGUCAGCUUGAUGGAGUUCCUGCAACGAUUGAUAUCUUGCCUGAAAUUGUUGAGGCUGUGGAGGGGAAGGUGGAGGUGUUCCUAGAUGGUGGCGUAAGAAAAGGCACAGACAUACUCAAAGCAUUAGCUCUGGGCGCCAAAGCUGUAUUCAUCGGCAGGCCUCUCAUCUGGGGCUUGGUUUAUCAAGGUGAAGAAGGAGCAAAAGACGUUCUCCAGAUGCUGAAGGAAGAGUUUCGACUGGCAAUGGCAUUGACAGGUUGCCGGACUGUAAAAGAGAUUGGCAGGACACUGAUACGAAGACAUGAAGUACUACUUUCCAAGAUUUAGAUCUGAAGAUGAUCCCCUUGCCUGUUGUACAGAAAGCACGCUAGAUAAAAAGCAAUGAUAUUUGCUCUUUGGGUCUCAUGCUGCAAUCCUGACUCAGAAGGAGUCUUCUGUAAGCAACCGCUUGUUGAGAAGUUACUUGCUUCAAGUUUUACAGCCUAUUCUGCUAGGCACUUAUGGAAAGCUGCUGUGCUGUUAGUUGAGAUUAGAGAUGAAUCUUUAUACAAGUCAGAGAAACUUGAAGGUUUCCUGCAAUAAAUGCUGAUAUUAGCUUACAAGCCUUUUUAGUGCUAAAAUGAAACCAUAAAAGAAAAUGUUAUGCAAACAGUUAUCAAAAUGUAGAAAUUUAAAAUGUAAAACGUACUUUUCUCACUGGUUAGACAAACUGCACUGUAGAUCAGAAAUUAAAUCUUGCUUUCUUAUGAAUAUAAUUUCUUCUCCCUAAUAAUGAUAUACUAUUCCUUAAUAAGUAUGUGGACUUAUAUCAUGUAGGCUGUAGAAAAUCAGAGUUCUUAGUUGUAAAGAACAGCAAAGUAAAAUUGGAGAAGUGACUCAAAGCCCUUUGCAGUCAGACAACCACUGUGCUUGUGAAUCAGACACACAUCAGAUCUUUGGCUUGUGCAAAUCCUGGUAGUUCUAUUGCCUUCACCAAACCGUGCUGACUAUACCCAGCUGGAUCCCUGAGUCAUGUUUUUAAACUGGACUCAUUUGUUUACAGUUUUUAGGUUAUCGGAUAAAUCUGUAGCAUCUUGCAUCAGUAUUGCAGAAAGGUUUUGAAAAUCUUGUUCUGGAAUUUUUUUUAAAGCCACCAUUACACUGUUCCACUGUCACUGAUAUCACUGUCCGUACCAUUUGUUUGCCAUUAGUGUCAGGAGAACUUGUGCAUUCUGAUUCUCCCUUUUUGCUUUAUUUGAAAUAUCCUGUACCGAGUUUUAGUGGCAGUUUUGUCAUAAAUGAUGGAAUAGUACAAUAUGAACUAAAGCAGGGGCUGGAACUCAAAACGGGGAGAAAACCCAAAAGGCCACAUGCUUGCCCUUCAGUUGUAAAAUUUGUUCUCUUAUUUACUGCAGAUUGUAGUGUGUUGUGUAGGGGUUGCAUAGCAACAAAAUAAAGUUUAUCUCUGUAAGGAAAUAUGAAUGUUUCUCAGAGCAUAGAGAAGCAUAAUUUCUGCUGUUUACUGCACUUAUCAUAUCUGUUGCAAUGUGGACUGUGUCAGAUGUCAAUUACAGACUAACUUCAGAAAGACUGUUUAUUUUAGAUAAUAUAAAUGUUACUUAAAAGAUAGGGGAUAAUAUCUUAUGUUUACAUGUUUAAGAUCCAUUUCUAAAGUUUAGAAGAUGCAGUUUCCUGUCUUAGCCCCAACCAAAUUCAAGGAAAGUUCUGUAACUCUGUGGUCCAGGGUAAAUUCUGCUGGUGAGGAAACUGAUUCUAUUAUGUGUGCAAAAUUAACUAUUUCUAGUUCCUUUGGGCAAAUGGGCUUAUAUUUGUUCUUUCCUGCUGUCUUCUUUUUCAAUCCUAGUAAGAAUAUACAUGCAUUAAAAAACAAAAACGGAGUCAAGUACUGAAAGGCUGUGAGACAAAGUUGACAGAAGUGAAAUCAGUUUCUGUUUAAAAGAAAAAGUAUAUAUAUUUCAGUCAAGGGAAUUUUACCAAAUUUGGAGACAACCAAAUACAAUUGCUUCUUGAAAUGUUAAUGAAACUAUUUUGUGUGUUUUAAUUAUUUAUGUCAUAGAACUGGGGGAAGAUCAAUGAGACUCAGCCAUUCAGAACAAUGCUCAAUCUAAGUAAAACUUUAGCUCAUGGUACCUUCACAUAGAGCUGAGAAGGAAGCACCCCAUGCAUAAUAUGGUGGUGGUGGAUCUUUCUGGAGGUUGAGAAUGUUUUUGAGGAUAACUUAUGCAAUAUAACUAAAGAAAAUAAUAAGUCUAUAGGAGGCAUAGAAGUAGAACAGAACAGUUUGUAUAUUUUGCAUUUAUGAUGCUCUAGUAUGUCUGCCUAUCUCUGUGUCAAAUAACUAACACACCAUCUUGUUUAACUGUAAAAUUAUUUUCUGACUUUACCUUUUCCCUAAGCCAUAGAUACCAAAAGAAAAUAUCUUCACAGAAAACUAUGGAGUAAGGGAAGUACAUUGAGUCAUAUUUAUCUACCCAGAAAGCCAGCAGUCAACUGAUGUGCUGGGUGACUGAAA